AUGACAGGAGAAAGAUGCUUGACUGUAAUAGCUGGUAUUUUAGGAGACCAUAUUUUCAAUCACAUAUCUUUUAUUGCUGAAAGUUUAUCCAUAUUAUUACCAAAUUUUCAUUAUAAAAAUAUUUGUAAAAGUUCAAAUGAAUGGAAAGCUCACAAUGUAAAGAAGCAAAAAUGCAAGGAUUUAGCUAUACAAGAAAUAUAUCGCCAAAUAAUGAUAAUAGGAGCAGGAAGAUCAAUGUGUUCAGAUCUUGUUCCUCAGUUAUUAAUGACAAAGGAACUUUGGUUGACUCAUGGUAUUGUUAUUAAUUUGUACGAUGAACCGGGAUGCUUCUUUAAACUUAGAAGAAUUCUUAAAGAUGCAGCAACUAUAGGUGCUGGUUUAAAUACAGUAAAUAUUGUGGAAAAUAUACCUGAUGGAUUAAAAGACUGUAAUAUAUUAAUUUAUCUUGAUAGUUUACCAAGAGAAGAAAAUGAAGGAACAGAUAGUUGGUUGGAACGUAAUUAUAAAAGUAUGGAAAACUUAUCCAGACAAGUAAAUGAAUAUGCACCUUCUCAUAUGAAAAUAAUUUUCUGCUCAAUGAGCCUACCAUGUUUCUAUGCCAAUGUUAUGCAUGAAUUAGUUACAAAACUACCUAAUACAAAUAUUGUAGUUGUCAGUGCUCAUUAUGGUUUAUCCAAGAUUCAUAGUACAUUUAUGUAUAUGUGUGUAUAUAUAUAUUAUGUAUUAAAUUCUAUUAUAGGAAUAAACCACUUUGUAGAUGUUUAUCAUAUGGUUCAAAUGUGCAAUGUAUAUCAUCCAACUAAAAGAGCUCUAAAUUUAAAUAAAAAUUCGGUGUUACCACUUGGAACUGAACAUUCAGAAUUGAGAUGGUUUUUUUAUAUGACUUAUAAUAGAAAUGCUUAUAAAACUUUUUUGAAACGCAAGGCGCUUGUUCAAUAUCAAGUAGGUAGAUCAGAAGAUUUUCCAAAAUGUAGAGCUAUUUGUGAUCUUCUAAAAUUAUGGUAUAGAAAAAAUGAAGAGAUUGGGGAUGAAAUUAUACCAUUAGGAAUUGCAUCUGAUGGUUCUUUCGGUAUUCCAAAGGGGUUAGUAUUUUCACAGCCAGUAUACCUAAAAACAUUAGAAGAUGGCUCACGAAUAUGGGUCCCUUAUGCAGAUUUUCCAAUGCCAAAUAUGCCAAUUUUUAUAUUUCAGAGCCUAGUAGAUACUGGUAUUUAUAUUAAAAGAAAAAUAACUGAAUUA